GUUUCAAGAGGACCCUCCCCCCUUUUUUUUUUAGGUAACAAGCAAAAAUGUCUGUAUCUGAACAAGAACAGUUUUCACAAGACGAAUACGAAACCAACUCUGAAGAUUACGAAGAGUCAGACGAAGACGAUGAUAAUGUAGAUGAACCGAAAUUAAGAUACAGAAGAGUGGGUGCGAGUGUGAAAGAAAUACUCGAUAAAGACACUGCUUCCACCAUUCGUGUUUCUGGCAAGUUUUUAGCUCUUGGCACUCAUUGGGGUGCUGUUCACAUUCUUGAUUUCGAAGGCAACCUCAUUAAAAGUUUCAGGAACCAUUCUGCUACUGUGAACGACAUUUCCAUUGAUAAAUCAGACGAGUUUGUUGCAAGUGCUUCUGACGAUGGUCUCGUCUAUAUCUAUGCAUUGUAUACGGGCGAAAUUCAGCAUUACAACUAUAAAAGACCUGUAAAAUCAGUCGCACUGGAUCCAGACUAUGCGCGUAAAAAAACCCGACAAUUUGUUUCUGGUGGUAUGGCAGAACAAUUGAUCAUGAAUGAAAAAGGCUGGUUGGGAAAUAAGGAUAUUGUACUACAUGCAAAUGAGGGUCCUAUCUAUGCAAUUCAAUGGAGAAAUAAUUUCAUUGCUUGGGCAAAUGAUACAGGCGUAAAAAUUUAUGAUACAACAACAAAUGUACGUAUCACUUACAUUGAUCGACCUGAAGGCAGUCCAAGAGCAGAUCUGUACAAGUGUAGAAUGUGUUGGAAAAACGAUACAACAUUAUUGAUUGGUUGGGCAGACACUGUUAAAGUUGCCGUCAUUAAAGCAAAGUCAAAUCCAAUUCAAGGUCAACCUUCUCAUUUUGUAGAGAUUACUACCAUCUUUCAAACAGAUUACAUGAUCAGUGGUAUUGCUCCAUUCAAUGACACACUAAUGCUUUUAUCUUAUUUUUUGGAAGAUGAAGUGGAGGACGAAUCAAAUAUGGGACGUAAACGUUUAGCGGCAAAACCAGAGUUACACAUCAUCAAUGCAGACAAUGAAGAGAUCUCAGCAGACGUACUUGCGCUUCAUGGAUAUGAACACUACCAAGCCAAUGACUAUGUGCUGGAAUUUUUGAUGGAGGAAGACAUGUUUUAUAUAAUGGGACCCAAAGAUAUCAUUGCUGCAAGGUCAAGAGAUGAAGAUGAUCAUAUUGAAUGGUUAUUGGAACAUGAAAAAUUCGGUGAAGCUCUUUUUGCUGUUCGACUUGCGGUCAAUAGUAAAAAGUUUAAUGAAGAUGAUAUCGGUCAAACUUAUUUGAAAUGGCUCAUGUCUGAAAAGAAAUUUGAAGAAGCUGCCAAAAAUUGCCCUGAUAUUUUAAAGGACGAUAAAACACUUUGGGAAGAUUGGGUGUUCAAAUUUGUUGAAUUGGGUGAAUUAAAGGCAAUGACUCCCUAUAUACCCAUCAAGGAUCCUCAAUUGAGCAGUACGGUGUAUGAAAUUGCCCUUGCUUGGUUUUUGAAAAGUGAUCAUAUUGCUUUAAGGAAUACAAUUCGUAAAUGGCCAAAGAACUUGUAUAAUUUAUCAAACGUCAUUGUUGCCGUGGAAGAUUAUAACAAGAAGGAUAGUAAUGAUGAAGUACUGCUCGAAUGUCUUGCUGAUCUUUACACAUACAAUAAUCAGCCCGAUAAAGCAAUCGAAUACAAUCUCCGUCUACGCAGACCUAAUGCAUUCGAAUUGAUCCAAGAAUACAACAUGUUUGAUGCAGUCAAGGAUAAGGCUGUUUUGUUAAUGGAAUUUGAUCAGCAUCUACUGGAAAAGGAAGAAAAUCAUACGAAACCUAGUAAGAUGCCUGCGGUCCAAUUAUUGGUCAAGAAUACAGACGCGAUUCCUCCCGAAAAAGUGGUCAAACAACUUCGCCGUCACAGACAAUUCCUGCAUAUUUAUUUGGAUGCACUAUUUGAUCGUGAUCAUCAUCUUGGGUUCGAAUUUCAUGAUCUUCAAGUUGAAUUAUAUGCAGAAUUUGAUUAUCCAAAGCUAUUGGAAUUUUUGCGUGCAAGUCAUUAUAUCUCAUUGGAAAAGGCAUUCAAAGUGUGUGAAAAAAAGGAUUUGGUGCCUGAAAUGGUGUUUAUCCUCGGUCGAAUGGGCGAUAAUAAAAAAGCAUUAAUGUUGAUUAUUGAAAGAUUAGGCGAUGUUCAACGAGCAAUUGACUUUGCAAAAGAGCAAAAGGAUGAUGAUCUUUGGGAAGAUUUGCUCACAUAUUCCAUGGAUAAGCCUAAAUUUAUUCGUGGAUUGUUGGAAAAUGUCGGCACUGAAAUCGAACCUUUAAGACUGAUUCAACGUAUCCCUGAUAAUCUUGAAAUUCCUGGGUUAAAAGAAUCUUUACUGAAGAUUUUACAAGAUUACAACCUACAAAUGUCUUUGCAUGAAGGAUGCGAAAAGAUCUUGGUCAGUGAUAGUGUGUUUUUGGCAGAUAAAAUGUACAAGGCACAUAAGCGUGGCGUAAACUGUAAUCAGGAGAUGCUGUGCAGUAUAUGCGAUGAGCCUGUAUUUGAUGAAGUGAAUGUAGAAGAUAUACCCAAUUCAAUCAUAUUCUUUUGUAGACAUGCUUACCAUGAAAGCUGUUUGAUACCCAAUACACAUGGUAUUGAAGCCAAUGGUGAUAACCCAGGCAGUCUAACAAGUAAAGUGAAUCAAUCUGCGCUGUUGAAAUCUUCUCAAAAUAUGGGAUGCCCAUUAUGCAGAGAACAAGCAGCUGGUGGAAACGCAUUUGUAAAUAGAAUGAAAUCCACAAAACAUGGCCCUAAUCGCGGAAGAGUUUCCUCGCCUCAAUCACCUCGAGCAGACAGUAUUCGAAGUUUUGGCACUGUCCAUUAAAAAGUAUAAUAUUAUUAUUUUUUGUAGUAAAAGCUACGUUUAAUUUUUUAUUUAAGCAUGAUUUAAUAAAAAAAAAAGAGGUAGUAGUAA